AUGAAGGUCGAGUUUGCGCCGCUCAACAUCCCGCUGGCGCGGCGGCUGCAGACGGCGGCGGUGCUGCAGUGGGUCCUGUCCUUCCUUCUGCUCGCACAGGUGUGCCUUGGAGUCAUUGUGUUCCUGAUCAUAUACAACUACUGGUUCCUCUACAUCCCUUAUUUGACAUGGCUUUACUUUGACUGGCAAACCCCAGAGCAAGGAGGCAGGAGAUCUGACUGGGUCAGAAGCUGGACCAUUUGGAGGUACUUUAAGGACUAUUUUCCAAUUCAUCUCGUCAAAACUUGGGAUUUGAAUCCAAGUCACAACUACAUAUUUGGGUUUCACCCCCAUGGAGUGCUUGUUGCUGGAGCCUUUGGAAACUUUUGUACAAAUUAUUCAAACUUCAAGGAGCUGUUUCCUGGCCUUACUGCGUAUCUUCACGUGCUUCCAUUUUGGUUCCGGUGUCCGUUCUUCCGAGAAUAUCUGAUGAGUGGUGGGUCAGUCUCAGUUUCCAGGAGAAGUGUGUCUCACGUGCUAAGCAAGGAAGGAGGUGGAAACAUCUCAGUCAUUGUGCUUGGGGGUGCAGAGGAAUCACUGGAUGCCCAUCCUGGAAAGUUCACUCUGUUCAUCCGCCAGCGGAAGGGAUUUGUGAAAAUUGCUUUGACCCAUGGUGCUUAUUUGGUGCCAGUGUUUUCUUUUGGUGAAAAUGAACUAUUUAAACAAGUUAGCAACCCUGAAGGCUCAUGGCUUCGAACUGUGCAGGAGAAACUACAGAAGAUCAUGGGAUUUGCUUUGCCACUGUUCCACGCCAGAGGAAUUUUUCAAUACAAUUUUGGCCUAAUGCCCUAUAGGAAACCCAUCCACACUGUUGUUGGCCGCCCAAUCCCUGUUCAUCAGACCCUGCACCCAACCCCAGAGCAGAUUGAGGAGUUGCAUCAGACCUAUAUGGAGGAGCUAAGGAAAUUAUUUGAGGAGCACAAAGGGAAGUAUGGUAUUCCAGAAAAUGAAACUCUCAUUUUUAGAUAA